GCACGCACACACAAAGAAACAAAGAAAAAAAAAGGAAAAAAGGAAAAAAAAGGAAAAAAAGAAGAAGAGAUUCACAUCUCCCUCAAACAAUCUUGUUAUCUCUCUCGAGAAUCAGGCUAUCAAUUAUCAGAAUCAAAUUGCGGCUAUCAAUUAUCAGAACCGAAUUGCCGUGUUUUCAUGUGUUGAACUUGUGCGUUUAUAAAGCAUGACAAUGAACCAGCGGAACACUAUUGAUCUAGAACAAGGAUGGGACUUUAUGCAGCAAGGAAUCACUAAGCUGAAGAACAUUUUAGAAGGGCUUCCUGAGCCACAAUUUAGCUCAGAGGACUAUAUGAUGCUCUAUACGACAAUUUAUAACAUGUGCACUCAAAAGCCCCCGCAUGACUAUUCUCAGCAAUUGUAUGACAAAUACAGGGAGUCGUUUGAAGAGUACAUUACAUCAACGGUUCUGCCUUCACUGAGAGAAAAACAUGAUGAGUUCAUGUUAAGGGAGCUUGUGAAACGGUGGUUAAACCAUAAAAUCAUGGUCAGAUGGCUCUCAAGAUUCUUCCAUUAUCUUGAUCGGUACUUCAUUGCUAGGAGGUCACUUCCACCGCUCAAAGAAGUUGGUCUCACUUGCUUCAGAGACCUGGUAUACAUAGAGUUAAAUGCAAAAGUAAGGGAUGCUGUUAUAUCUCUGAUUGAUCAAGAGCGAGAAGGAGAGCAAAUAGAUCGUGCUUUAUUGAAGAAUGUGUUAGAUAUAUUUGUUGAAAUUGGAAUGGGGCAGAUGGAGCAUUAUGAGAAUGAUUUCGAAGUAGCACUGCUCGAUGACACUGCAGCUUAUUAUUCUCGGAAGGCUUCAAACUGGAUUUUAGAGGAUUCAUGUCCGGACUAUAUGUUAAAAGCCGAGGAAUGUUUAAAGCGGGAAAAGGACAGGGUUUCUCAUUAUCUUCAUUCAAGUAGUGAGACUAAGUUGCUUGAGAAAGUACAACAUGAGUUGUUAUCUGUUUAUGCCACCCAACUGUUGGAGAAGGAGCACUCUGGUUGUUAUUCAUUGCUUAGGGAUGAUAAGAUAGAGGACUUGUCAAGAAUGUAUAGGCUCUUCUCCAAAAUACCUCGAGGCUUAGAGCCUGUUGCUAAUAUAUUUAAGCAGCAUGUUACUGCCGAAGGUACGGCGUUGGUUAAACAAGCAGAGGAUGCAGCUAGUAACAAGAAGGCAGAAAAGAGAGAUGUCAUUGGAUUACAGGAACAUCUUUUUGUCAGGAAAGUAAUUGAGCUCCAUGACAAGUUCAUGGCAUAUGUGACUGACUGUUUUCUAAAUAACUCUCUCUUCCACAAGGCCCUCAAGGAGGCCUUUGAAAUCUUCUGCAACAAGGGCGUUGCUGGGAGUUCUAGUGCUGAACUUCUUGCUACAUUUUGUGAUAAUAUUCUCAAAAAGGGUGGCAGUGAAAAAUUGAGUGAUGAAGCCAUUGAGGAGACUUUGGAAAAGGUUGUGAAGCUGCUUGCUUAUAUCAGUGAUAAGGAUCUAUUUGCUGAAUUCUAUAGGAAAAAACUUGCUCGGCGGCUAUUAUUUGACAAGAGUGCCAAUGAUGAGCAUGAGAGAAGUAUACUAACAAAGUUGAAGCAGCAAUGUGGGGGUCAAUUUACAUCAAAAAUGGAGGGAAUGGUCACAGAUUUAACGCUAGCAAGAGAAAAUCAAACCAGCUUUGAAGAGUAUCUUGGCAAUAAUCCAAAUGCAAGUCCCGGGAUUGAUUUGACUGUUACUGUUUUGACUACUGGUUUCUGGCCAAGUUACAAGUCAUUUGAUCUCAAUCUCCCUGCUGAGAUGGUCAAGUGCGUUGAAGUAUUUAGAGAGUUCUACCAGACGAAAACAAAACACAGGAAACUAACAUGGAUAUAUUCUUUGGGUACUUGUAACAUCAACGGAAAAUUUGAACCAAAAACAAUAGAGCUGAUCGUGACAACCUAUCAGGCUGCUGCUCUGCUUCUGUUCAAUUCCUCAGAUAGAUUGAGUUAUCAGGAAAUAAUGACCCAGUUGAAUCUACUAGAUGAUGAUGUUGUUAGGCUGCUUCAUUCCCUUUCAUGCGCCAAGUAUAAGAUUCUUAAUAAGGAGCCAAACACCAAAACAGUUUCUUCAACUGAUGUUUUUGAAUUCAACUCCAAGUUUACUGAUAAAAUGAGAAGAAUCAAGAUUCCUCUCCCUCCCGUUGAUGAGAAGAAAAAGGUAAUUGAAGAUGUAGACAAGGACAGACGGUAUGCCAUUGAUGCCUCAAUUGUGCGCAUAAUGAAAAGUAGGAAAGUUUUAGGCUAUCAGCAGUUGGUUAUGGAGUGUGUUGAGCAAUUGGGGCGCAUGUUCAAGCCUGAUGUCAAAGCAAUCAAGAAGAGGAUUGAAGAUUUGAUCACUCGGGACUAUCUGGAGAGGGACAAAGAUAAUCCGAACUUGUUCAAAUACUUGGCUUGACCGAAGCAGGCGCUAAAACUUCGCAUUCCAAUCAGUCUGCAUAUCAGUGCAAAGAGGAUGAGACGGUCAAGCUCAAAACUGGUAUAAAUGCUGCAAAACAUCUCAAGUGACCUCUGGUUGCUUCAAUGAAACACAUGGCAUAAUUUAUCCUAAAAAUCCAACCACGAUGAGCCCCACAGAUUGUUUUAAAAAGUAAUAAUUUCUUUCUAGUAUUCAAGAUAAUCCAGCUUCCAUCUUCGUAGUGCCAUCCCUUAUAUGUUUUUUCAUGAUAUUUUGCCUUGUGAUUCAAGCAAAAGGCAGUUCCCAGUUUGUGUAUGAGUUAGGUGAUACUUGCUUUUGAAUGUAUUUUUUCUUUCUAUUUUUUCUGCCUGGUUCUUAUAUAGCGUUCAGGUAAUUUUCUUCA